GUGAAUGACAAAUGAGGGAGGAUAGACGCUCCUGGUUUCCUUGACUGCUCAGAUAGCCGUCAACAUCAGAGCUGGAAGGACUCAUCUGGUGUCUGCAGACUCGACUUGGAAAACUCUCCAGAAGACAGCGAGGCCUCGAGAGGGACCUGCCCUCUUCAUCUCCAUCACCAUCAUCAUCAUCAUCAUCACAGCAAGAUAUGAGCCAGUUUCCGUCUGCUUCUCACUCCAGACCAUGAGCGGCCACGAGCACAACCACUCGCUGGACCACUACAACAACACGCCAUGGUGGAUCUUCGAGUGCACCCUCUCGCUGGAACCCGCCGGAGACUACCGCCGCAUCGCCCUCUUCCUGCUCUACCUCUUCAUCUUCAUGGUGGGCCUGCUGGAGAACGGCCUGGUCGUCUGGGUCAACUGGCGGCGCCGCCACUCGGCCAACGGCGUCCUCUUCUGCAUCAUCAACGUGAGCCUGUCGGACCUGAUGGUGAUCGUCAUCCUGCCGUUCUUCAUGAUGGAGGUGACCGUGGACAAGGUGUGGCUGUGGGGCCGCUUUCUCUGCAAGGUCACCAACCUCAUCUACGUGGUCAACUUCUACAGCAGCUCCUUCUUCUUGGCGUUCAUGACUCUGGAGCGCUACCUGUCGCUGACCAGACCCACGUUCCCGGCUUUGUUCCCCGUGGUUGGCCGGCGCCGCUGGCUGCUCUGCGGAGGCCUGUGGGUGCUCUCCUUGAUCUUGGCGCUGAUGGAGAACGUCCACGUGGAUCUUCUGGAGUGGGACGAGCCGGGGUGCUACAUGCUACCGGAGCACAGCUACACCGAGUGGUUUGUCUCUGUGGCGUUCCUUUGCCUCAUCUUCCAGUUCCUAGGUCCCGCCGCCGUCAUCAUCACCUGUAAUGUGCUCAUCGCCCGUGCCGUUAAAACAGCGCCGGAUGUUCAAGGUCGGCGGGACGUGUGGCUGGUCCACGUGUACUCCCUGGUGUUUGUCGUGUGCUGGCUGCCGUACCACCUGGUCAUGUUCCUGAUGAUCAUCGACGACCUGGACCCGUUCCUCCUCAGCUGCAACACCGUCGAAGUCCUCUACUUCUCGUUCAGCGUGGUCCAGGGCCUCUCCCUGUUGCACUGCGUCGCCAACCCCAUCCUCUACAACUUCCUCAGCAAGAGCUUUCGCAACAACCUGAUCAACACCGUGAUGAACUACAUCCCCAGGGAGGAGCAGGCGGGAGCGGGGACCCAGCCCAACGCUCCCAACGGAGGAGGAGAACCCGGGAAGCAACGCAAGCUGAGUAGCGCCAGCACCAGCCAGUCUGAUGUGGGAUCAUAAAAACGAGACGUGCAGGAACGAGACGUUUUCACAGACCUGAAUGUUGUUGCUUCAGAAUAACCAGAGGCACAGUUUUUCUGUCUCAGACUCAUUGUUACGUAACAAACGGGCUCACAAAAACCUUCCUCUCAUAAUCCACUUGUUGUUUUUCUGUCAUUUAUCUGAUCACAGUUUUAAACAGAGGAAGGCAGGAAA